AAGGACUUCGGUGACAUUUUUAGUCAAGAGAGAAUAAAUACACUACCAGAACAUAUAAAGUACAAUUAUAGAAUUGAUUUAAUCCUCGGAAGUACACCUUCAUUUGGGCCUAUCUAUCCAAUAUCGGAAAAGGAGCAAAAAGUGCUCUGUGAGUUCAUAAAUGAGAUGUUAUAAACAAGGAAGCUAGAAAGAUCUACUUCCUCAUCCUCGGUUCCUAUACUUUUUGUACCAAAACCUGAUGGUACUCUAAGAUUGGUAAUAGAAUACUGUAGACUAAAUAAGAUUACGGUGAAGAAU